AUGGCCUGGACUUUCGAAAGGCUCGCAACCGAAUUCCUAAGUAAUGCUACACUGCAGGAAGCUUACGGUUAUCGCAUGCCUGGUGCUCCUCCUGAUGCAUACCACUACUUGCUUAAUCGAACAGGAUGCGAAGCUCUUCGGGGCACAGGAAGUGACUUGUACGACUGGCCAGAUUCCGCAAACACUAUCAAUACCUGGGUUUUGCCAUUCACCGGCUUGCUCCUGCAAGCGCCUUUUGACAGCAACGAUGCUAUGGGUACUUUUUGGGCAAUCUCCAGAUGGGUUGGCGGACCUAUGGCUAGUCUGACAUAUAUCUUGUGGAACAUGCGGUCUUCGGCCAAUUGCGCAGCAUUCCUUGACAAGGCCACUCGUCGUAACGAUAUCCCCAAAGCUGAGAUCGGCAACGAAAAAGAUGUCAAACAGCGCAGCGACUUCGCCAGUUAUCGGGACGCAUUCUUCCUUCUCAGUGUCAUGAAUCAGUUCACGAUCAACCUGCAUUUUAAUGGCGCAGCAGCAGAGAAACUUUUAAAGGUGGCACUGUUCAGUCAACAGCUGCGCCUACCACUGAGUGCUGGUGGGAGCAUCGAAGAAGUAAGGCAGGCACUCGCUAGAGAUACAAGAGAAGCUAGAAAGAGAGGCACCGUUCAAUGCUUCCUUGCUCAGUUGUGGUUCAUUUUCGGCCUAGUCAUCAGCAUUCAGCAGUCUUUUGGCUUCCUUGGAGACAAUGCUAAUGCUCAAAAUCUGGCACUAGGCUUAGCCAUGAUAUGGUUCAGUGUUCUGAUGCUUUCUACCGUUGUCGACCGCAACCCUGCUCUUCCAGAAGCUACCCAAAGACAGCUGAAUAUAUUCCUUGGUCUGAUCCGUGAAGCAUUACUGAGGGACGCCGGACGACAUCGAGACAUUCACCAGGCUUUCAGUGCGCCAGCUCGAGUUACCUCUUUCAAUUCGGUCGUCAGUGGUUCACCAAUCAAGACUGCGACUUUCACAGAAGCUAUACGUGCGAGGUCUUCACAAGACGAUACUAUUGUCGAUAACGAGAUCGUCAACUGGUUCGACAGUGACGAAUGUGACACGGCCGACCUCCGUUGGAUUGACUCCAUCUCUUCCCUAGCUCUCGAUGACGCGAAAUUCUUCUAUAUGUUUGCUGGUCAAGGACGGCACCUCUGGCACUAUGGUGUAGCAUAUCCGGUCAUACGAGGACUAAAGAAAGAUGGCAUUCUCGACGCGCGCCGAGGUUGGUCAUACGGAGCUGAUGUCCGUCAGAAAUUAAUCGCGACCAAGCGGUGGGAUGCAAAAGACCGGAUUCACUCCUGGGAUCUGAGAGAGUUCUGGCAGAUUGUUGCCUCUUUCGUUUCAAUCUGGAUGUCACUUCUGGCAGCAUUUACAAUUGCCUACUUUACACCUACCGUCGGUCUCGGCUGUCGUGCUCUUGGUUAUAUGCAAUUCGGAAUCUUCUGUACCGGCCAGGGCAUCAUCGAGAUGUUCAUUUGGGCGAUUACACCUCACCACAAGCAUGAUACGAAGUUCUAUAAGCGUACCCGCUUUUAUGGAAAAUGGAUUCUGCGUGUCUGUGAGCUCACUAAUCUUGCCUGGCUGAUGUACAUAAUUUUCGCUCAGGCCUUAGGCAUCUAUAAUACUUGUCAUUGCAAAUGCUCAAACUACGGCAUAGGCGGUGGCUAUAUUAACCUCAACAAUGUCCUUACUCCACUACCUCAGCAGGCCAAACCGUACUGGCUAACAGGCACAAUCAUGGGAUGCACCAUGAUGGUGCUCAGCUUCAUCUUCAUCGCAUGGGAAUGGGUCACGCAGAGUCAUAUGAGCACCGAAGAUUACGAACACGCGAUGAAGGGUCUGCGAACGACUAGACGCUUCAAAUCAUGGACCAGAUGGCUGGCACCGUUGCAGGCCUGA